GUUUUCUCAGUGGGCUUCCUAGCUGUGUGUUCGCAGGGAGGCGGAGGGCUGGGCCUGGGUGUCCGUGGUCAAAGGGGUCCACCUCAGCGCUUCCCGUCUGGACACUGCCGGCCUCCCGCCGUUGCGGGAUCUUCCUUGAGCCUCAGCAGCCCCGUCCUCGGCGCCGCGACCCAGGCCCUGGAUCCGGGGUUCCGGGAGCGUUCCGCGGGGGGCGAUUCUCCUGCAGGCUGGAAUUGGAGAACCACCAUCAUAGUCUCCCAAAUGCAUCCUGUUCUCACUUUGCAGAAAGGGAAAGCACCUCUGCUUUGGGGCCAGGGGACGAGAAUCUCCACGUCGCCGUCGCUGCGCGGGUCCCAGGAUUUCUGCGUGCUGGGUGAGCUCGGUCCCCGCCUCGCCUCUCCCGGUGACAUGGGGGAAGAAAGAAGAAAUGCUGAGUUACAGAAAAAUAUGAUACAGGAUUCACUGACCUUUGAAGAUUUGGCUGUGGACUUUAGCCCUGAGGAAUGGGCUUUGUUGGAUCUUGCUCAGAGAAAACUCUACAGAGAUGUGAUGCUGGAAACCUUCCGGAACCUGGCUUCCCUAGGUUUUAAGAUUCUACUUAAAACUAAUGAAUCAGUUGUUCUGCCUGAUAAUAAUUUAGAAAAAGUAUCUAAUGAACAAAAAGUCAUAAGAUUCAAUAGAAAUGGUUCUUGGUUCUCCAUUUUACAUGCAAACUGGGAACACUAUGGUAUUGAUGAGAAGAACAAAAGCCAUGGGAGACUUUUGAGUCACAUGGUGGAGAACGUCUAUGAAUGUAAUGAAGAAAAUCAAAGUGAACAAAUUCCAAAUCUUAAUGUGCUCAAGAGAACUACUGAAGUAAACUCCUAUGAAUGUCAUGAGUGUGGAAAAGCCUUCCUGUGCCAUUCAUCCCUUAAGAAUCACAUCAGAUCUCAUACCAGAAGCAAACCCUACCAGUGUCAGGAAUGUGGGAAAACCUUCCAUUUUCUUGCUUAUUUUAAAAAGCAUAUGAAGACUCCUACUGAAGAGAAGCCCUAUGAAUGUAAGGAGUGUGCCAUACUCUUCAGUUGUUCCUCAUUCUUUAGGGCACAUAUGAAAAUUCACAGUGGAAAAGUAAACUAUGAAUGUAAGGAAUGUGGGAAAACUUUCAGUACUUCUUCUUAUCUCACUGAACAUAAAAGAAUUCAUAGUGGAGAUAAGCCUUGUGAAUGUGAUGAGUGUGGGAAGGCCUUUAGUUGUCCUUCAUCACUCUCCCAACACAAAAGAAUUCAUAGUGGGGAUAAGCCGUAUGAAUGCAAGGAAUGUGGGAAGGCCUUUAGUUCUUCCUCUCACCUCAUAACACAUAUCAGAAUUCACACUGGAGAGAAGCCUUACGAAUGCAAAGAGUGUGGGAAGGCCUUCAGUGAGUCCUCAAAACUCAGUCGACAUAUGAGAGCACAUACUGGAGAGAAACCAUAUAAAUGUAAGGACUGUGGGAAAACCUACAAUUGCCCCUCCUCCUUGAGCAUCCAUAUGAGGAAACACACUGGAGAGAAACCCUAUGAAUGUCUGGAAUGUGGAAAAGCCUUCUAUCUUCCCACUUCCCUGUAUACACAUGUGAAAAAUCAGAGUAGAGAGAAACCAUAUGAGUGUAAACAAUGUGGGAAGGCCUUCAGUUGUCCCUCAUCCUUUAAAGCACAUGUGAGAGAUCAUGCCCGAGAGAUACAAUAUCAGUGUAAGGAGUGUGGGAAGGUCUUCAGUCGUUCCUCAUCCCUCACCGAACACUUGAGAACUCACAGUGGAGAGAAGCCUUAUCAGUGUAAGGAAUGUGGGAAAGCCUUUAUUAGUUCCUCCCAGCUUACAGUUCACAGAAGAACUCACACUGGAGAGAAACCUUAUGAAUGUAAGAAUUGUGAGAAAUCCUUUAUGUAUUUCUCAGCCUUCAGCUUCCAUAUGAGAAUGCACACAGGGGAAAAACCAUAUGAGUGCAAGGAAUGUGGGAAGGCUUUUCGACAUUCCUCAUACCUAACCAUCCAUGCAAGAAUGCACACUGGAGAAAAACCCUUUGAAUGUCUGGAAUGUGGGAAAGCCUUCAGGUGUCCUUCAUCUUUUCAAAGACACGUGAAAAGCCACACAGGAGAGAAACCAUAUGAAUGUAAGGAAUGUGGGAAAGCCUUUAUUUGUGCAGCCUACCUUCGAAGACAUGUGAAAAUCCACAAUAGAGGAAAAAUAUGAAGAUCAGGAAUACAGCAAUGUGUGCAAGAGUCAUUAUCAUAGGCAGCUUGUUAAAUCACCUUGUGACUAUGAGAAAGUAGAACAUUGCUUAUUCUUUGGAAGACUAGAGCAUACCUGAGAGGAACCUUGUGUAUGAAAACCAUGUAGGAAAACUUCCCUGAGCAUCACUUCACUUAUUAUUUAUCAAAAAAUUCAUACUAAAAGGAUCUAGGGCUCAUCCUUGAAAGUAAACUGAGUACUUCCUAAGUUCCAGUAUUUUUAAUAGGCAGGUGUUAAAUUUAUGGGGAUAAAUUUACCUUAGCUGUAGCCACAUAUUUUGUAUGAGGUACAUUUUUUAAAGUUUCUUCUUGAUAGAUGUUUGCUAUACAUAAUACACAUUCAUUGUAGGGGAUUAGUGCAUGCACAUACUACAUCAUGAUCUUUUUACUUCCCCUUUCUCCCUCCCAUCUCCCCCACCUCUAGACUCCUUAUCUCCACGAAGUCUACCUCCCUGUUUCCUAUCAUUUAUGUUGCUCUUUAAAUAAUUUAUACUUUGAAUUUUUAUGUGAGAGAAACCAUAUAUUUACUUUUUUAUUAUAUACAUAUAUAUGUAUAUAUAUAAUAUAUAUAUUUGACCCAGAUGGAAAUAAUAUUUCCAUUAAAAGACUUUUGGACCCAUGUGGGGUUUGAAGUUUAUGUUUUCAUAGGAGAGUAGUCUUUUAUUUGGUUUGUUCAUUGUUCUUUAAGUGUUUGGUCAUUAAGAUGUGGACACUGGGUUUUUUUUGGGGGGGGUCACAUAUCAGAUGCUGGAGGUUUCCUAGCCAGCAUUUCUCCUUCCCCGCUUUUUACUGUGAGAAUCUACAGAUUAUGGGAAUUAGAAGUUUUUACUAUCAAAAUAUUGGAUCCAAAUCCUAGCCAUGUGCAAGGACAAAGAAUAAAGUGUGAAAACGGCAUAUGAAACCAUGCGCUUUCCUGUCUUGUAUUUAUUAAUUUCUGCUGAAAUUACCAUAAAGGUUUUGAUAGUGAAAACUUGUAAUUCCUGAGAUAGUGUUCUCUCUGACAGCAUGCAAGGCAAGUUGCCAUGGUAUUUUUUCUAAACGAAUCGCUCAGUAUUCAGGUUUAAUUGCAGUGUUGGCACUUUGUGAUAAAUGAUUGGGUUUUGGGUUGCAGUUUGGACACUCAGUCUCUGAAAGAUUCACUGAGAUCAGGGCUGCUGGUGCUUGUGCUUUCUACAAGACUUAGAUGUCAGAGAAUAGUGUGGAUCAGUUUGGCUACUGAAGAGCUCUGUAGACUGAGCUCUCAAGGCUGGACAAAUGUACAUCACCAGCCUGUAUCAUUCACCCGUCUGGCUGCUGGUCCCGGUUUAGUGGACUCUGUGCCUGUGUCUCCACCCAGAUUCAUCAUCUUCUUUGGAGAAUGUAGGCUGAGAUAGGCAUAUCAUCAAAUGAAGUCUAUUAUAUAUGUUUUAUAUCAAUACAUUUAACAAAUUCUAAUAAUGACAUACUUAUUACAAAACAGUGGACAAAUAUUGUUUGGCCUCCUUUAAGUGCCCUACAUCUCUAGAAAAGAGUGUUCUCUUUAUUUCCAGAUAAGGAAAAUCAGCACAGAGAAAUGGAGUGGUUUACACAUACUACAUAGUGAAUAUUUGAAAGAUGUGGCCCCCAAACUUGGUACACUGUUUCUAGUCUCAGGGCUCUUGUCAGCCUGCAGGAGUGCUUGUCUUUUUGUUGUCAAUCUUGAUUGAGUACAGAUGAAUUAACUGUGCCAAACCAUCAAUUCUUUGUUGAGAUUCAGCAAGUUGAUCUGUGAAACAGGUUAGAAUCUGGUUUACAAGGACAUUAAUGAUGCAAGAUCUGUAGGUUCUACAGCUUUCUAUGAAUAAAAAUUCACAGAAUUUUAGGACCAAAUGGAAAUCUGAGAUAUAAAAAUAUUCUCUAUAUGGAGAGAUUUCACAUGAAGCUAUCAUAGAAUAAUUAUUACCAGAGACUUUCUCAUUUAAUACCUCAAUAAAAAUAUAAUUGAUAGCUUUUUUUUUCUUUUGGGAAAAAAUAUAAGCAAUAAUACAGUCUAA